AGAGAGAGAGAGAGAGAAACUUCUCGUACUCUCGCGAACCGCGUAUCACGCCCACCACAGGUGCAUCUCGCACGAAUCGCGCGUGCGUGCUCACGUGCUCACGGAUGCAGCAGCCGGGUGUCACAACGUGGCCGACGUCACGCACCCACGCUUCGGGCUCCUACGCGGGAUGCGUAUGAGCGCGUGACGUCAUCGCGCUCCGAUAUCUGACGGACGAAUGAGCAGGAUCUAGCGGCAAGGAUCUGGAUUCAAGUGUUGAAUCAUGCGUCAUCCCUCGCUUAUACCGGCACCGCUUCUGCCGGUGGUGCUCCUGUUCGCCUGCCAGGUGGCCCGUUCGUUUGUCCUGGAGGGCUCCGCGACUAGUUACGCACAAUUUCGCAAAUGGAAUGCCGGCCUGAACGGCACCCUGGAGUUUGAAUUCAAGACCGAGCAGGGUAACGGGCUGCUGCUUUACACGGAUGACGGCGGCACGUACGACUUCUUCGAGGUAAAGCUGGUCGAGAGCGCGCUCAGGCUGAGGUACAACCUCGGCGGCGGUGCACAGAUUGUCACGGUUGGCCACGAUCUCGGCGACGGUCAUUGGCACAAAGUGCAGAUCACCAGGUGCAACGAGAAUACCACCCUGACCGUGGACGGUGUGAGCGCGGUAUCCACGUCGCGCGGCAAGGAGUUCGAGUUCGGCAAGCUCGCCGGGAACUCGGACGUCUACGUGGGCGGUAUGCCUAGUUGGUACAACAGCAAGCUCACACUGCUGGCGCUGCCCAGCGUGAUAUUCGAGCCGAGAUUCAAUGGAUUUAUUAGGAAUCUCGUAUACGCCGACGGCGAGAAUACCAUGCCCAGGAGGCAGGAGAUGAAGAGUCGGGAUGCCAAGUGUGGCAGCUUCCCGUGUAUCGAGAACGUCAACAAACGCAAAUCAUCGAGGACUUUACGCAAUAUUAUGAACAUAACAGAUGCUUGCGAGACUCGUGAUCCCUGUCAGCAUGGUGGCAUUUGCAUCUCUACGGACAGCGGACCGAUCUGCGAAUGUCGCACCGGCGAUUACGAGGGCGCAUACUGCGAAAAAGAGACAUGGAGCACGGUGCUGCCUACGGCGGGUGCUGGCGAUUACUGGGCUUGGGAUUACAACAAAGCCCCUUCGGAAGCGUCCUUUAGAGGGACCGAGUAUCUCACGAUAGAUUUGAGCAAAGGAGAACCGGUGCUCAGUACACAGGAAUCUCUAAGCCUUCAGUUCAAAACGAGACAGCCAAAUGGACUUUUAUUUUAUUCCGGAGAGGGUGAAGAUUAUCUCACCGUGUCACUGAGAGACGGAGGCGCCGCGGUAGGAAUGACACUGGCCAAAGGGAGACUGGAUCUGCACAUAAAGCCGGCCAGGGUGCGAUUCGACGAUAACCAAUGGCACAAGAUCAUCGUCCACAGGAAGGUCCAGGAGAUCUCUUCAAUAACCAGCUUCUGCAGGCUCUCUGCUAUUGUCGAUGGGAUUUACGCUGAGCACGGACAUACCGCGGGAUCAUUCGCGCAUUUAGCAAGCGAUCAACUUCUCGUCGGUGGAGGUGCCGAUGCGAAAUCCUUGCAGGGCGCUAAAGGGAUCAUCAACUUCGUCGGAUGUCUAAGAAAGGUGGAGUUUGCUGCAGAGGGAAUCAAGAUGGAAUUGAUCGAAGCGGCCAAGAGCGGGGCAGCGGGUGCUGCGGCUUGGGGAAAGAUGGAUUUUCACUGUCGUGAGCCAAAAGCCUCGGAUCCGAUCACGUUCACCACGAGAGACUCGCAUCUCAAGGCCGGAACGACGAUAAACAUGAGGCGACUCCACGGCCUUGUGGUCACCUUCACCAGCCCAGAGUCCCACCUGGUUCUACCACCCUGGAAAGCCGCCAAGUCCGGAAGUAUAUCCUUCAAAAUUCGUACCAACGAAGCCAACGGACUGAUCAUGUAUAGCCGUAGCGGAGCGCAUACGAGACAAGAUCUAUUUGCCUUCGAAAUUCUUGGCGGACAUCUUUAUCUACACGCCGAUCUCGGAAGUGGUCCCGUUAAAGUAAGAUCGUCAAAGACACGUAUCGAUGAUGGCGUUUGGCACGAUGUUGCCCUAAGAAGAGUCGAAAGGGAUGGUCGAGUCACUGUAGAUGGUAAUACAGCCGAUUUUCGUACGCCAGGUGAUUCCACGCAAUUAGACUUGGAUGGUUUGUUAUAUAUCGGUGGUGUGGGUGCACCAUUCGCGCCCUUAACAGUUCCGCCGGUUCUAUGGACGGGCGCCCUUCGACAGGGCUAUGUGGGCUGCAUGAGAGACCUCGUUAUUAAUGGGCAUCCGGUAGAUAUCGCAGGAUAUGCGCAACAACAAGAUUCCGGUGCAGUGAGACCUGCAUGUCACAUUCAACCCCCACAUUGCCCUUCGCAACCGUGUAUGCACGGUGGCCAUUGUCUCGAAGGGUGGAAUCGAUUUCACUGUGAUUGUACCAGCACACCUUUCACAGGACCUACUUGUGGCAAAGAUGCGUCGACACUACAUUUGAACGGCACGCAGCAAAUGACGGCACUGAUGCCGGAAGAAUCCAGAACACAGGCGGAAGAAGUCAUCAUACGGUUCAAGACGACUAGACCACGCGGCCUUCUAUUAGCGACAAGCUUGGAGAACAGCGCCGAUCGUUUGCAAAUUUAUUUAGAUGAGGGCAAAGCACAGAUGCUAAUUCAUAUCGGAGAUCGAGAAAAGUUAUUGGUAGCUGGACAGGGUCUUAAUGAUGACAUGUGGCAUACACUGAGGUUCUCCAGACGGUCCAAUUCGCUCAAAUUCCAGGUCGACGACGAAGCACCCAUACGAGUGGAAACGCAACUAGAAAAGCAGAGCAUCUUGGAGUUUCGCACCCUCCACGUAGGCGGAUAUCCUCACACAGGCGAGGACAUACCGCAUUUCGUGGGCCAAUUGCAGCAGAUCUGGUUCAAUGGAUAUCCGUAUCUGGAGAUUGCGCGCAGCGCUGGAAGCCAUCAAGCCUCACAUCAGGGUGUUUCGCCCAUCAUCAGGGUCACCGGCAAAUUCGGGAAGAGGAAUCAUCCGGUUCACCAUCCGGUGACAUUCACCUCCAAGCACACUUUUGUGGGUCUUCCGGUGCUCAAGGCAUACGUGGAGACCAACAUCUAUUUUCAGUUUAAAACACGUGAGGCGAACGGCCUGAUCCUUUAUAACGCCGGAAGGGAACAUGACUUCAUUGCAGUCGAGUUGGUUAACGGACACAUUCAUUAUGUCUUUGACCUUGGUGACGGAGCCCUCAGGAUCAGGGAUACCUCCAAGUCCAAAUUGAAUGAUGGCAAGUGGCAUGCCGUCAGCAUCGGUAGACCUGCCUCAAAGAGACAUACCCUCGCUGUAGACGAUCACGUGACCGCUGUCAACAGCCAGGGCAGCAAUGAGAAUCUCGAUCUUGAUGGCAUUUUGUACAUAGGUGGAGUAGAGAAAAUGCAGUACGGCCAAUUGCCGAAGCAGAUUCUCAGCCGUCACGGAUUCGAAGGAUGUUUGGCGUCGUUGGAUCUUAGUGGGGAAAGCACGGAUCUCAUUACCGAUGCCGUUGUACCGAGCUCGCUCGUUACAUCCGGAUGUGAUAUUUAUAGCAACUUACACCCGGGCAAGAGAUGCACGCAUGAUCUCUGCGCCAAUCAUGGCACAUGUGUACAGCAGUGGAAUAGUUACACAUGCGAUUGCGACAUGACGAGUUUCACUGGACCGACCUGUAACGAUGAGGCUAUCGCUUACGAAUUUGGGGCCGGAAGAGGGAUUAUCACAUACACUUUUCCGCCUGAUCGUCGACCGGAAAUGAAGAGCGACAUCGUGGCGUUGGGUUUCGUCACCGGCGUUAAUGAUGCCGUACUUCUUAGGAUAGAAUCUGCGUCGAGUAACGAUUAUCUCGAAAUAGAAAUUGUGGAAGGUAAUGUUUUUGCGGUUUAUAACAUGGGCACCAAUGAUCAUCCAAUCGGCGAGGUCGGCGUGAAAGUUAACGACAACCAAUAUCACGUGGUUAGAUUUACCAGGACAGGACCGAAUAGCACGUUACAAGUGGAUGAUUACAAUUUGCAAUCUAAUCACCCGUUGGGUCAUCAACUGAUAGUGUUCAACAGCCAGUCUACUAUUCAAGUAGGAGGUCGAUGGAAUCGCAGUAAGGGCAGAGUGGAACGGCCAUUCUUGGGCGUAAUAGCCGGUCUGGUCGUUAAUGGUGCGAGGAUCCUAGAAUUGGCGGCAGCCAAUGACGGUAAAGUUGCAACUAGAGGAGACGUGCAGCUCUUACCAGCCGGAAGUCUCCUCGAUCGCGCCGCGCCUUUACAGAGAAUGCAACAGACGCCUGCAUCCGGUUUCCCCGGCGUCGUAGACGAUCUUAUAUUCUCAGGCGCCGGAAGCGGCUGCGCUGGCGAUGACGAGGACGAGGAAUGCACCCCCAUCUACGAAUCUGGUUCCGGUAAGUAUGACAUCAUCACGCCAGUAUAUGUGGCGCCCACGCGAUUGCCGACAACAUUAAGGCCAAAGCAUCAUCACAAGGAAAAUAACCAAGUGAGAAUAUCUUGUGACGAUGAGGAAGACUGCGACGAGGGUUCAGGCGAUUCCAGAACAACGGAAGAAAUUUUUGUCACCUCGGCCACCGACAUCAGCUCGGUGACGUACACGACGCCUCGUGAGUAUUCGACGAGCCAUAUCAGCACGCAGACAUCGUCGGCGUCGUCGACAACAUUGAGCCGCGACGUCGUCACCGUCUCCGUCCAAUACAAUGUGUCAACCACAGACCUCGAAACCAGCCAUGGCAGCAGCGUCGUGACGCAUCGAUCGACGACCUUGACGACGCAGUCAACUACGACGGAGAUGACGGAGCCGCCGCCACCGCCUCCUCCGCCAAUGUAUCCGCCGAUGCCCACUCCGCCCAAGAACAACAAUAAGCGAAUCACCUCCGAGGCGGCCGAAAAUGCCGCGCUCAUAAUCGGCAUCAUAGCUGGCGCGCUGAUAGCGAUAGUCCUCAUCAUAUUGAUAAUCCUUAAGUUUAAGAAUCGGCCAGAGACGAGCUAUAAAGUGGACGAAACGAAGACGUUCUGUCAGGAUCCGAACGCGGCCUUGCUAGGUGCCGCGGGUUCCGGCCAGCCCUUCAACGGUGCCCUCAAGAACGGCGCCAACGGCAGCAAACCUAACAAGAAACGAGAACUGAUAGACAUUAAAGAGUGGUACGUGUAAAGUAUCGUCUACAUGGCGAAGACAUUGCUUUGCGUAUCGAGAUUCGCGUGUCGAGGUCUGAAGAUACGCUCGCGUUUUUCGUUUCAUCUUCUUUGUUGGGAAAGAUUGUGGAUUGAAAGGGGCAUUCCUCUCCCGUAGCGAAACAGUCCUCGUUGGUAUCGCAAGUGUGCAAAAAAAAAAAAAAGAUAAAAA